AGAUGCUACUGGAGACGGACGAGGACGCUUCACUUCUGUGGAUGAACGCUUUGUCUGUCCUGUAUGAAAGAGGAGCGCGGACACCCCGGGACGGGCUGCUGGCUUCGACAGUAGCGUUAAAGGAGUCGGGAACUUUUACAGGUGUCGUGGAGACAGUUUUGCACCAUGCAGGAGGCAGUUGACACCGCCGAGCCCGCUUUAGCUCUGCCCAUGGGGACCGGAGAGUUCACAGAGCAGCAGAUGGGACUCGCAGACAAGAUCCCGUUAGUGAAGCCCUGCUUCAAAAAGAAGCACGCACAGAGGAAGCUGGACACAAAAUGCUUACGCGCUUUAGAGGACCCUAUUUUGAGCACGUUAUUAAGCUCAGAUGCUCUCGUCUCAGGGGACGGAGUGUUUGUUCCACGUAACCCGCCUCGACCUCAGCGGAAUAUAUGCACCGCCGCCGUGGAAAAGCAGUCGAGGAUUAGUCAGGUGUGCCUGAAGGAGGAGGACGAGAGCACGGAUGCCGACGUGGCCGCGAGCGAGCUUGCGGUGGAGCAGAAGGUGACGGAUAUUCAGCGAGUGUCAAUAGACGCUAAUGAGCGUCGCUUCCCGCCCCAGGAGCGCGACGAGGCGGCGCCCCCCUCCGAUGUUUCGGGCUCCAAGUUAAAUGACAUCUACACUGCUGAGACUUUGCAGGGAGCAAAUUGCCUCGCCAUCAAAGAGGGCGAGAUCUUUCAGGAUAAAAGCGAGGAGGCCUCUUUGGAUCUAGUGUUUGAACUGCUGACCCAGCUCCAGUAUCACACGCAUCAAGGGGAUGCUGUAUCGAUUUGUGUGGAUUUCCUCCAGGGCGUUUGCGUCUAUGGCAGUGACUGUGCCCAGCAUCACACCGUUUUACCUUACCACUGGCAAAUCCGCAGAGUAGAUACGCAAAUCUGGCAGAGCAUAUCGGACGACUCUCAAGAACAACUGGAAAGGCUUUAUUGCAACCCGGAUAACGAACAUGUCAGACUUAAGUUCCUCGGUCGAGUGUUUACAUUGGACUUCAGUGCCAUGCGAGUUUGUGACCUGGAGUUUGACCUCGUCAGGCGUCUGUCCACACCCUCUAGCUCCACAAGCACAACCACGCCCACAAACACAAGCCCCACCCCCAACUGCCUGACCGUGUGGAAGUACUACUGUAGAGAUAACUUUGGCUGGAGGGAAUAUUCCGAGCCGGUGGUUCGGCUGAUUGAGGAGGCCAGUGGUCGAGGUUUGAAGGAGGUCCGUUUCAUCACGCUGCAGAAUCAGUACAUCCUGAACAUUCGUGAGGGCUUCCAGCAGAAUGCUGUAUUUGGGUUCCGCAGACAGAUUAAAAAACGGCCGCUGUUUAGGUCCUCCAUCAUGCUCACGCCUUACCUCCAGACUCUCGGUGGCCUUUCGUCAGCAUUUCUCUCCUCCCUGGAAACUUCUGGAAACCAGCCUCUCUCUCCUACAUCAAGCACUCCCUCCAAAAUGUAUCCUGAGACUUGGUUACCCAUGAACAACUGUCAGGACUUCAUGCGGGUGCCCGUCUCCCGGGACGACCGCAGCUACCGGACCGUCUACAGUCUCUUCCAUAAGACCGUAUCUGAAACUAAGUUUCGCAUCCUGAAGAUCCUCCGCGUCCAAAACCCCUUCCUCUGGGAAAAGUACAAAAGGAAGAAGGAGUACAUGUCACGGCGCAUGACAGAUAUGGACCGCAUGCUGAACGAGCGUCACCUGUUCCACGGCACGUCACAGGAUGUAGUGGAGGGCAUCUGCAAGCACAACUUCGACCCCCGUGUGUGCGGCAAGCACGCCACCAUGUUCGGCCAAGGCAGCUACUUUGCACGCAAGGCUGUGUAUUCCCACAACUUCUCCAAGCGCUCGCCUAAUGGUGUGCACUACAUGUUCCUGGCCAAAGUCUUGACAGGCAAGUUCACAGUGGGCAACCCUUCCAUGCGUCGACCACCUCCCCUGAAUCCAAGAGACGCCUCAAGCGACCUGUUUGACUCCUGCGUGGACAACUGGAUGGACCCGCAGAUCUUUGUCAUCUUUAAUGAUGAUCAGAGUUAUCCGUACUUCAUCGUUCAGUAUGAAGAGGUAGGCAGUACAGUGGCUAUCUGAAUAGUGCUGCACCUCUGGAGACUUGCACCAAGGCCUGUGCGCAUAUUCGGCCAGUACGAAAAGAGACGGGAGUGGCUGUGCGCCGGCACUCUGAAUGGAACUCAUGGACCAUACGGGAUACGUUUUGAAACGGUUCCCACCCUCAGUCGUGCGCGAGGGUUUCUGUGUGACCUUUCAGUGCCCGUCUUCUCAUACCCUCAUUUAUAAAAAUGGGGAUUGUGUGUAUGUGUUCGCAUGUAUGGGUGGCGUUUUUUAGUGUGUGAAUCAUGUGUGUGGAUGAGUGUCACUGCUGUGGCUUCCAUGGCUGAUUACGGACUGGAACCUGCAUUAAUAAAAGGCCUGUCGAUUACUUGCCACUCGGACUCGAGGCUGUUGUUACAGCUUCAAACUUUUUUUUUUUUCCCACCUAAUAGACUCAUUGUUUCCAUUGCUGCCAUUCACGUUCCAUAAUUGCUAUUUGUUGAAGUUGUAAAUACCUUCUCCUUGUUUAUAUUUGACAUGUGUGCCUUUUGUUCAUAAAUAAAUUGUUUAUUUAUGUUAGUCAAUGUAACAAGUAAAUAAAAACAUUUUAAAAAGAA